AUGGCUUCCGCAGCUUCAAAGCAGGUGCAUCGCACCACCCUCUUCAAGAUCCCGAAGUCGAGCGAUGUUCAAGCUGUUCUGGACAAAUAUGCCACAAUGGCUCAAGAUGCAAAGAAGGAUGGCAAGCCAUACAUCCUUCGAUGCGUAGCAGGAGCAGCAGUCGACGAUGCGAGAAGUCAAGGUUACACUCUGACAGCCCAAACGUCGUUCUCAAAUAUGGACGACAUGAAGUACUAUGACACAGAGUGCGAGGCACACGCAGCACUGAAGGCUGUGGCUAAGAGCAAGGUAGAAGGACCGCCGUUGGUGACGUACUUCGACAAUGCCAUCGGCGGAUCUUCUUGA